CUUUGGCGCGGCGGCGGCAGCGCGGGUUACUCUCAGGCCUAACGUAACUCUGAGCGAGCGUUUCCUUUCGAGGCAUUCGAGAUGGGGACGAUGCCGAGACGGAAAGAUAUCCCCCCGUGGGUGAAAGUCCCCGAGGACUUGCGAGAUCCGGAGGUGCUGCAGGUCCAGACGGCGCUGCUGGAAGCCAUGUUUGGCCCCGGAGGAUCUCGAAUCCCAUACAUCGAGCAAGUGAGCAGAGCCAUGCUCGAGCUGAAGGUUCUGGAAUCCUCGAACCUCACCGAGGUCGUGGUUUAUGGCAAUUACUUGUACAAGCUCCGAACCAAGUGGAUGCUCCAGUCCAUGGCCGAGAGGCACCGCCUGAGGCAGGAGCGAGGGAUGCUCAGACUCGAGGACGCCAUGAGUGCCCUCGAGCUCGGCCUUUAGCUGAAGCGAAGCGCGUUUGCAA